AUGUCCUCUCUAUCUCUUCCGGUCGUCACGAUCCAACAUACAUUUCCAGACAUCAUUAAGGAAGUUCUUGACGGCGACAUUCCAUAUGAGAACUUCUGGAUCUCAUGCUACAAGACAUCUGAACCAUCAGUUCAUGCGAAAGUGAAGGCGGAGCUCGACGAGAAUAACCGAAGUCUUGUUAAUUUCGACCCAGCGGAAGGGGAGAUUGAGUUCUCGAAGGACGGUGACGGAGGCUAUGCAGUCGCAUGCAAACCCCUCGGCGUACCUCGCACGAGAGUAGCAACCGCGUUACAAGAAUAUCGGGAUGAAGAGCGUGCAAACGCCUCACGGCCCCACCGGAUAACUGCGUUCAGCAUCUCUCCAGAUUCAUCGCGUUUCGCAACAGGCUAUCUUGACGGCUCCAUCUUCUUGUACCCCACAUCCACUUUAGAUCGUUCACGCACAACCCUUAUUCCUGACACCCUCGACGUGACGAAAUGGAAGACCGCGUCCCGGCCACACUUAAGCAGCGUGACCUCGCUCAAAUUCUUUCCUUCGUCCAGGGUCAUCCUAUCCUCCGGGCAAGAUUUUUCCCUGACCAUAUUACCUGCAGAUCUACCCGACGGACCAACCCCUAGCGCGACGAGGAUAGCUCCUGUGCGCACCCUGCGAGGCCAUGUCCGCCCGGUCACCGAUACUGCUAUCAUAGGCGUUGGGAGGAACAUCGUAUCGUCCUCCCUUGACGCGACCAUCAAACUAUGGGACGUAUCCUCGGGUGAAGCUAUCUCCUCCUUGAGCCCGCAGUCAGCGAUCUUGUCGAUGAGCUCAGGCAAUCGAAUGCCCGCUCCUCCAGACGGGGAGGAGCAUCCUCCGCCUGCGGCUACAGAUCCUCGCGAGGUUCCGGAAACGAGUUCGAAGGUCGUCGUUUGCGGCCUGCAAAAUGGCGAAUUCCAGUUCUUCGACCUAGGCUUCAAGAAAUCCGUCUUCCGGUCACCGAUUUCCCAAAAUCCCUCCCCAUUAACAUCCAUCGCCUACUCCGAGGCCGACAAUUUACUCGCCACUGGAUCGGCUUCCGGAGUUGUCACCCUUUACGACACGCGUUCGCUCGGCUCUCCAUUGACAUCCUUCAGCCGUCUCGAGACAGAAAUCGAAGACCUGGCCUUCGUGAGGAGCGGCACUGAAGUGGCAUUGGCGAUCGCUACUUCGGAUGGCCUUCCCUAUGUCGCCAACGUUCUCCCUGAAGGACCAUCCGUCAAGGCUGAACUUAUCGGUGUGGACUGCGACCCGGUCAGAAACAUUGCAGCGACAACGAGCGAUGGUCGCACUGAGGUGUGGAGUGCGAGCGACGAUGGGGUUGUGAGGAGAUAUGUCAUCUAG